AUGGCUAAAGAUGCUAAGGUGCCUACCAAGGACAACAGUGUUUCAUCAAGUUUUGAUGGAACAAUGACUGCACUCAAUGAUAUGGCGAAAGCCUCACUCACUACAGAAAAAUAUGGCUUAAGACACGGAUUUUUCUCUCCUGAAAUCACGAUAUCCUUCGUUAUUACUCUUUACCAACUAAAUAUUAGCAAUCACAAAACUAUUGUUAAUUUGAGGGUCGUUGAUGGUUACCAAGACAGAGUUGGUUCUCAGUCAGUUGACAUUGUUAAUGGAGAACCGAGAAACCAAAAGGAACUGCCAAUUCUUCCAACAACAAUUGGGUCGGUUUCUGAGCUACAAGUUAGGAUAUUGCAAAGGGAAAGGAUAUUUGCAUUGCCCAGUGAUUAUAUUAUAUAUUUAUUAAAGAGUGAAUUUGACAUUGGGCACAUUGUUGAUCAUAUAACUUAUAAUCAAGCAUUGACAAUUCUUGAGGCAGAUAAAUGGAUAAAUACUAUGGAAGAUGAAACGAAUUCCAUAAAACAGGAUAAAGUUUGGAAACCUGUUGAAUUUCUUCCAGAUGCUAAAGCUAUAGAUAACAAAUGGAUCUUCAAAAGUAAAUUGGAUACAAAAGGAAAUGUUAAACAAAAGAAAGCAAAAUUGGUUGCAAAAGGUUUCACUUAG